CAAAACAACAACAACGCCAUUUUUAGGGAUCAUCCAAGGCAAUUGAAAAUCUACUACGACAGCCUGGGCGCAGGAAUUAGGUCAUUUGACAGGCAGAGACUAAGAGAGACUGACAGGGACAGAGAGAGAGGGGAAGUGAGACAGACAGACGGAGACACCCUGAUGUGAAAUUAAAUCGGAGUUGUCCGAAACGGUUUGUCUCCGAUAAGCUUCAAAUGCGCCACAUUUUGCAGUUGCAGAUGUUUUGGACCGCAGCUUCAGGCUUCAGUGUCACCGGAUCUUCAUUGCUACAUCAAGACACAUUCUACUGACUAAUCACCGAUCAGAAUGAAAAGAAGAAUGAUCAGACACAAAGAGGCGGGUGGCUCAUCCUGUGAGGAGCGGAUGGAGGUUUGCAAGAAAGCUAGAUGUCCCAGUGAGGACUGUGGAGAUGUGGCAUCCACCUGGGCAUGGUUACCGCAGGAGAUCCUGCUGCGGAUCUUUCAGUGCUUGCCCUUGCUGGAUCGAGCGUUUGCCUCACAGGUGUGCCGUGGUUGGAAUGAAGCUUUUCACAUGCCUGAGCUCUGGAGAUGCUUUGAGUUUGAGCUCAACCAACCUGCCAGCUCCUACCUGAAGGCCACGCAUCCUGAUCUUAUCAAGCAGAUUAUCAAGAAGCACUCAAAUCAUUUGCAGUAUGUCAGUUUUAAGGUGGACAGCAGUACAGAGUCAGCAGAAGCAGCUUGCAACAUCCUGUCUCAGCUUGUAAACUGCUCGAUAAAGACACUUGGUCUCAUUUCCACAGCACGGCCGAGCUUUAUGGAGUUAACCAAGUCCCACUUCAUCUCUGCACUGACUGUGGUGUUUGUCAACUCCAAAUCUCUGUCAUCUCUCAAGAUCGAUGACACGCCUGUUGAUGACCCAUCACUGAAGGUUUUGGUGGCCAACAAUAGUGAUACUCUCAAACUGCUAAAGAUGAGCAGCUGCCCACAUGUCUCCCCUGCUGGAAUCCUGUGCGUUGCAGAUCAGUGCCACGGAUUGAGGGAGUUGGCGUUGAACUACCACUUGCUGAGUGAUGAUCUCCUCCUUGCGCUUUCCUCAGAGAAGCAUGUACAUCUAGAGCACCUGCGAAUCGACGUUGUGAGUGAGAACCCAGGUCAGCAGUUUCACAACAUAAAAAAAAGCAGCUGGGACGCCAUGGUACGCCACUCGCCCAAGUUCAACCUCGUUAUGUACUUCUUCCUCUAUGAGGAUGAGUUUGAGCCUUUCUUCCGGGAUGAGAUUCCCGUCACACACCUCUACUUCGGCCGGUCGGUCAGUAAAGAGGUGCUCGGGCGUGUGGGCAUGCACUGUCCUCGACUUGUGGAGCUGGUGGUGUGUGCUAAUGGCUUGCGCCCCCUAGAUGAGGAGCUAAUUCGCAUUGCCGAGCGCUGUACACAGCUGUCUGCAAUCGGCCUGGGCGAGUGCGAAGUGUCCUGCAGCGCCUUUGUGGAGUUUGUGAAGAUGUGCGGUAGACGCCUCACACAGCUCUCUAUCAUGGAGGAGGUCCUCAUCCCUGACCACAAGUACACCCUGGACGAGAUCCACUGGGAGGUUUCAAGACACCUCGGGCGUGUCUGGUUUCCGGAUAUGAUGCCUACCUGGUAAAGUAUUUGUAGACUAAAUUAAGCUUCAGAUUUUAGGAUUCAUUACCAGCACUUCAAGCUUCAUUGCUUUACCCUAUAAUAACCCUUCUCUGUUUUGCAAAUGUUUUCUUGGUUUUUGAGAUAUUGUAGGUAUUGUUUUGGUAUUACUACCAGAAGUGCUUAAAAAGCAGAUAAGUUUAAGGAGGCAAAGAUCUUCACUAGUGUGAACACUUUAAUAGAAUAGUAUUGCUUAUUUUUAUUGCUGUAUACCCAAUACUAUGUCUGAAUGCUGACAAUCAUGAAAGAAUAAGCUUUCAUCUCUUUCGUCAUUGAAACCACAGCUGUAUUCUUACAAUUGUACAGUGCUGCGUAGUUCUUUUAUGUAGCUAUAUAUUUCAUGUUGCUGUAGUAUUUAUUUAUUUUUGUUCAAAAAGCUAGAUGCUGGCUUUUACAUCUUAUUAAUCAAAUCAUUAUAUUUUUUCCCACUCUAUAUUUGUAUAAAUAUUUGGAAACUAGGAAUAUGUUUGGUUAUAAUGAAUGCAGUGAAAUUGUUCUACCACCUCUAAAAGCAGAAGUAAAAACGCAAUUUUUUAUAAUUCCAUCAGUAGGUGCUUUUUACUAGUAGGAUUGGGCAAUAUGACAAAUAAUAUCAUCUCUCAAUCCCUGUAGGAAUUUUUGUAAACGUCCUGUAUUGCGAUGGAUUUUUUUCUGAAGAACAACUUCCAUCAAAACAGUGUUUCUUUAUAGAAAACUGGUUCUUAUCUAUUUAAAUUAAUAUCUCAAAUUUAAAAAAAUUUUCAUAAUAUUUUAUUUAUAGGAAAAUAUUUAAUACUAAAAAAAGAUAAAUGCAACUAUAAAAACCCUUUUGCAAUUUUGUAACAUUUAAGUUACAUUUCAACAAAAACCUUGUGCUACUGAGUGGCAAUUUUUUCAAAGCCUGUGUUGUACAUUUCCAGCUGUGAGUUUUAAGAAAUGACGUCUAUAAUCUGUUGCUUGUGAUUUCAAGUCACAGGAAAUGGGCUGCUGAAUGUAGUUAUUGUUAGACUACAAUAAAAAGGUAUAGGUAGCUGAAAUAAAUCUGGAACUUUUACUGUAUUAUAUUAACUGAUCAGCUAACAUUUGAUCUGUAGUUGGUGUGGUGAAAUUUUUUUCUUUUCAACCGGGUGUGCAAUCUUUACUUUAAACAUAAUUUUAUAGUCCGGUAAACAGCAGUUAAUUUAGUUGUUUUCUAUUUAAAAUGUGAGCUCAAAACAUUGGGAUUAGCUGAUUUCUGGAAUGAACAAUUUGUCCUUGAUGUUUGAUGACCCACCAGUCCACUUUUAUGAUAAUCGAAUUUAAACAGAUUUCACUCUGGAAAGCAUGAAAUUUAAUUGAGAUGACAUGAACUUGUAUUCAUGGUUUAAAGGCACUUUAUUUGUAUACCAAAUUAACUACAGUUACUUGCAAUUACAAAUGAAAGUAAGAUGCAGGUAAGCAAUUCUUUUUUGCACUUUGUAAAUAAUGUGGAUUGAAUAAAUGCACAAUAAUCUGUUCCACAGAUUAGCAUAAACAGGGUGUUCUAGAUUAUUUUGGAAACGCUAGCUAUGGCUUUGGGGAACAUAAGUCCUUUCCGUUUUUUUCCCUGAUUUCAUUGUUUUAUGAUGUAAAUCACUAUUCAGUUGCUGGUGUAUUUAAUCAUCUUUUAAAUACUGUUUGAUGUAUAAAAGUUACUCGUUUCUUGUAGAUUUAUUUAUUCAGGAUUUAAAGUAUCUCAGAUUCCUGCAUAGAGAUCAAAUUCCUCUCUACCCCUGUAAAUAGAUUUGAUCAUUCUAUUAACUUAAUGUCCUGCAUUUGUACAGAUUAAAUCACUACAUGUAAAUACACCAUUUAGUUAUAAUGAUCAUUGUUCUUCACGAUGCGUGUAAACGCUGCUGUAUUCCCCCGGCAUAUAAUAAAUAAAAUAUGUACAUAUGGCUUCAAUAAAAAUCAGUUACUAUCAAAAGAGAAAACAUGAUAAAACUGUUUCUAGCUCUAAUUACAGCCUAUAAAUGAAGAACAUUUAGAAACAGGGAAUCACCUGGUUUUCACCCAGUCACAUUUCUCACUACUGCAAAAAAAAUGUUUUGUUAGAGAUUUGUAAAAGUUGUUGUAUUUCCUGGUCUCUCUUUUUGGCUUUGCUUUUAACAAGAGUUUAGCGUGCAAAUUGUUGUUUGGGGUGUUCGCGGUGUCCGUGUCCCAAACCAUGUUUUGUAUAUGAUAGUUAUUUAACCAACACAGUGAAAUAAAUAGACUGUGUCGUCUUUUAUGUAAAAUGUUUAAUUUGUGAGUCUGUACUGUCAAUUUCAACAUCUUUACCUGCUAAAUAUCUUGCACUGCUCAAAUAAACUAUAUACAUUUUC